AUAUAAAUGACCACAUGCAAGGUUUUUGAUAAGAUAAAGUGUUAAAAUCCAGAGACUCACCAGCUGCAAAAGCCGCUCAAGGACUAAGCUUGGCGUUUCCUGGAUAUAAAAGAGGGAUUUCUUCUCUACAUCUGCUGUAGCAGAACAAUGAUGAGACUGGGUCUAGUGCUUCUACUGGUAGCAGCUGCUCAUGGCUGUGGAAAUCCUACUUACAGUCCCAAUGCCAGAGUAGUAAAUGGAGAGGAUGCCAAACCAUACAGCUGGCCAUGGCAGAUUUCCCUUCAGUAUGAGAGCGCUGGCACCUACAGGCACACCUGUGGAGGCACUCUGAUCGCUCCAAACUGGGUCAUGACCGCAGGACACUGUAUAUCAGCAUCCAGAACCUACCGUGUAGUUCUUGAGGAAUAUGACUUAUCUGUAACCGAGAACAAUGAGCAGAUCAUCAGUGUUGCUAAAAUUGUUGUGCAUCCUCUCUGGAACAGUAAUUGUGUGGCUUGUGGAAAUGAUAUUGCUUUGAUUAAGUUGUCAAGAAGUGCUACCCUUAAUGACAAGGUCAUGGUUGCCUGUCUUCCCGAAGCCGAUGCCUUAUUGCCAGACAACUAUCCCUGCUACAUCAGUGGCUGGGGCCGACUUUACACCAAUGGGCCACUGGCAGGCAAACUACAGCAGGCACUUUUGCCAGUGGUGAGCUAUGAGAGAUGUAGUCAAAGAGACUGGUGGAGUUCAAGUGUCAAGAAGACCAUGGUCUGUGCUGGAGGAGACAUCAAGUCAGGGUGCAAUGGUGAUUCUGGUGGACCUUUGAUCUGUAAACACAGUGAUGGCCUUUGGUAUGUCCAUGGUGUGACCAGCUUUGUUUCAUCACUUGGAUGCAAUACUGUGAAGAAACCAACAGUUUUCACACGUGUAUCUUCCUUUAUUCCUUGGAUUGAAGAUACAAUGGCAAGGAACUGAAGACUAGAAGCUCAGGUGAAGAAAUAAAAAUAAAGUGCAGAAAAUGUGAAAAUGUUCUCACUUGAAAAUAAGACAUGAAUAAACGCUAAAAUAAAUUAACAUCAUUAAAGUUAAA